AUGGUUAGGACGUUGGGAGCACACACCAUGUCAAUUGAUGUGCGCAAUGCCAUUCUACGAGGAAUUGAACAAGGAAUGAAACAAACCGAACUAGCAAGACUUUUUCACGUUCAUAAAUCAACUAUUUGCCAUUUUCUGAAGAGAUUCUCCGCAGAUGGAGUGAUUGCACCAGCGCCGAUUCCAGGACGAAGCCGGAUGACCUCACGACUUACCGACAGAAACAUCCUCCGAUUAAGUCGUGGCAAUCCCAGGCUCACUUCCACCGACAUCCAAAGGGAACUGGCCGUUGCCAGUGAACAAAUUCCGUCGACAAGAACUAUUCGGAGACGUUUACAAGCUGCCGGGCUAAAUGGAAGGCGUCCUGCGAAGAAGCCGUUGAUUUCGGAGAAGAAUCGUGGUGCUCGUGUCAGGUGGGCACAGGAGCAUAUCGGUUGGACUCGCCAGCAAUGGAAUAAUGUUCUAUUUUCUGACGAAUCCAAGUUCAACCUGAUGGGAAGUGACGGGAUCAAGUAUAUCAGACGUCCACUCGGCAGAAGAUUCGAUCCUUUUGGUCAUGGAAUCGGACCUCUUCGCCAAAUUCAUGGAGAUUUGGAUAGAUAUGGAUAUGAAGAUAUCUUAGAAACAACUAUGCGUCCAUUUGCACUCCAGAAUUCGGCCGAAAAAUUUGCUCAGCUUGAAGAAGCCUGGAAAAGUAUCCCACAGUCUUUCCUCGACACUUUGUUAGAUUCGAUGCCACGAAGAUGUCAGGCUGUCAUUGAUGCUAAGGGGUUUGCAACAAAGUACUAG